CAAAAUGGCGUAGUGCACACUAGCGCUGCCCUGUCUUCUAACGUUUUUAAAGUGGUGGUGAAAUGUAAAAUGAAGGAAACGUCACUGCGUCCGUACUACUUGCACUACGGUAGCAUCCAGGGUGUACACAUGAUGCGUAGAAUGGGGAGGUAGUGUUCGGCUGCAGUCAGUUGUGUGUUGAGUUCUGUUGUAUUUUUCAAUUUUGGGGUAGUAGGGGAGAAUGAAAGAGGUCUUCCAACAAAGCGGACGAAAUGAUGAACGGCGCCCUAUAUAUCUCGUUCUUCCAAGGUCAGCUUGAAUCCGCAAUGGAGCAUGUCGUGCAACUUGCGGUCCAGGAAAUAACCAAAACCGUCGGGUCGAGCUUGAAUUCCAUGUUGCAGGAAACGACUACCAAGGACCAAGAAAACCAACGACUAAGGUUAAGGCUUCAACCACGGCAGUCUGACGGCUUUGGAAAUGCCUCCGUAUCCAGCGGCAGUAACAUGGAAGGGAACGCGGCAAACGAUGGGACAAAGACCCUGAUACACACCCCCAGCCAAAGCUCUGAGCACGCUGUGCACACAAACACGCUCUGGCUUGAAGAGAAAGGACGAGCAGUGGGCCAGCUGAAAGUGGUGAUGGAGCAGGUCCUGAAAUUCGCGGUGGCCGAGCUCACGAAGAUCGUGGAGGACAGCUUCGACGACCUCCUCCAGGAGCUGCUGAAGAAGGAGAGGGAGAACCAUAGCCUGAGCGUCCGGGUGCAGAGGGGGGACCUGGGCAAGGAGGAGAACCACUUGGGCUCCCCCUCGCAGGAGGACCGGGAGCGGCCGCUGAGUCCCCCGGAGCCCGGGGCCGAGGCCCUUCAGGGAAAGAAACCGACCGAAACGGCCAACGCGGCGGAGAAGCAGACCGUCCUCUCCGUCACCCAGGAUUGGGUUCCCAUACUGGACAAGGUGUUCGGGCAGAAGUGGUGCCGUGACCUGUGGCAGGUGAAGGAGAUGGGCUUGGAAGGGAGCGACCUGACGUCCGCCAUGCGGGUUGGGUCCUUCCCAGAAUGCAUCAUCCAGGACGAGGAGGAGCUGCCCCUCGCCCCCUCCGCCCUCCUGGAGGCGGGAGAGAACGGCGGUGCGCCUCAGACGGCGCUGAUGGAGGGAAAACCAGCCGCUGCUGCAGGGUCUCCUGGCUGCUCCUCUCCAGUCACCACAGAAGGUCAGAGUCUCCGUCACCACGGAGACGACCUCCAGCUGCGGUCGCCGUCGAUGCUGCACAGACUGUUGACCCUGCCGUCGCAGGGGCUCGGGCAGCUGCUCGGCGCGGACUCCAUGGACGUGCUUCCAUCGGCGGCGGAGGCCUCUCCGCGGCGGCCGGAGCCCCAGGCCGACCCCAAAUCACCCCCCACCCCCACCCCCACCCCCACCCCCACAGACCCGGCCCCGCAGUCCCCCGCCGGGGCGGAGGGCGAGGGGGAGGGGCAGACGGAGGAGGAGGAGGCCGGCUGCUCCCCGGCGGGGGCCGAGCCCAUGGGACCCCCGGCCCAGGGGAGGAAGAUGUACGGCUGCCGGCGGUGCGGGAGGAAGUUCAGCCGGCUGCCGAUGCUGAAGGCGCACCAGCAGACGCACGCGGAGCCCCCGCCCUCCCGCUGCGCGCUCUGCGGGAAGCGCUUCGCCCUGGCGUCGCGCCUGCAGGCACACCUACGGACUCACGCCGGGAAAAGCACCUGAACACAGACCGGGGGAAAACGAAGCAAAAACCAACACAAGAACACACUUGACAAAUCUGCAAAAAACAAGAAAAAGAAAAAGAAGAAAAAAAACAAGAAAAGAAACUGACAAAAAAAGCAAUCAGGUGCUCUUUCCUUUUUUCCUAUAAUGAGUUCCACACCCAAUUGAUGCGGUGCGCCUGAUUAUGAAUUUGAGAGUUAAAAACAAAAGCACGUCGACACGGUUGAUUGCGAACUAACUUCCUGUUUCUGAAGUCAAACCAGUUUGAAAUGGUACUUUUAAAGGUCUGUUGCCAGGCAACUGGACUGGCCUUUGGAGACUGAAGUUUUGCUUCCUGUUUUGUAUCGGUUGUGCUCCGCCGUCGGGGCCUCGGAAACGACACUGUUUCGUGAGCCCUGGAGCGUUUCUUGUCGGAGGUGAGGCCGUGCCGUAUAGCUAAUGUAAAUAAAAGCAUGGGAUAGUGAAGCUGGACACCACUUGGGACGAAUUCGCACUGUUUUUAAGUUGUCUGAAUGAAAUCAAAUUUCCCAUGGACAAAAAAAAAUGUAUCAUGAUAUGAUUAAAACAAUAUGUUUUUAUUAUCUGGUGGGUUGUUGAAACGGCAUUUUAGUUGAUUAUGGAUUUAUUCAGAAUGGUUUACUAACCCCAUUUUUUUUUUUUUUUUUUUUUGGUCAAAGAUUGCAUCUCGGUAGCUUAAAGGGUUACUCAAAUUGGAUACUGACAUCCCGAACGUCGUAAAACCGCGAUCAGUCGGAACGCGGUUUUACUUGGGAACACUUAAAUUUGAAUUGUGGUGGAACUCCGGAUCUGAUAGCACUGCUGAAAAUGACAUUUGUCAUAAGGGCUUCAUUCUGUAGAUGUGGACGGGAGAGACCGUGUGCAUAAACGGCACCUCUUAAAUGACCUGUAAUGAGAUCACGUGUACAAAAUGUGGAAUAAAACCAGGAGCGGUUUCUGUGUGAUCCACUCAUUCUGUAUGUAAAAACGCGUAGCCUAAUAAAAUGUGAGUAAUUUGAAAAGGUG